CGGAGAGCCGUUCCACCCACCGCUAAUCAAACCGUUCGUAUGCACACACAAAAAGGGUUCGUCACACACAUGAACACAUCAAUGCCAACGUACGAUGUUUGUCAAAACUGCAUGGAUGCGUCAGGGGGGGCCGCUCGCUGUCUGUGCACACUUCUACGGUUGUCCCCCUGUCCAUCCUCAAUCAGUGCACCACCCACACCACACUCUGCCGGCACGUGAGACCCCCUCGAUCACGCUGCGGUCCUCCUUCUCUCCGCCUCCCUCUCCACACCCUCAUCUGACACAUCCAUGUCCAUCCAUCCAUAAGGCACACAUUGAAUGCGUGUGUGUCACUCUGAUCUGGCGCACCCUCCUCCUCCUCCUCCUCCUCCUCGUCGUCGUCGCCAUUGCUAUCCAUAUCUGCACACACACACACACACACACACAUCGCAGACAUACGAAUGAGCCCAACGACAUACGCACACACACAUCCCCACCUCUCACCCUCAUCGCUAAGGCCGUCAUCGUCACCAUCAUCGUCCGCGCCGUCCUCUGCACCACACACACACACACACACACCGAUUUGUCCGACACACAGAGACGAGAUGGCCGGCUACAUACUCACCCUCAUCGUCUUCCUCUUCUUCCUGUUGGCUGAGCGCCAUGUCUGCGAUGGCGAUGCCCAGCAGGCCGCGCACCAGAGGGGCGGUAGUGGGCCGGCGGUCCUUGAGGUCAUCAGAUGCACCACCCACUGGUGGCUCAGCGGUGACGACACGGACGACCACUGCAGGCAUCAACAUAGCACACGUCAAACAAUAUGGCUCAACAAUCAGCAGAAGAUCUGCUAUCCCUUUCUUGCCUGUGUUCAUGUCGACAUAAACACGGCUGCCGAGACCGACCCAUGCGACGAAUGGCAUGUCGAACGACGUCAGAAGCAGACACCGAUGCUCUGCAGGGGGAUCUUCAUCGUCCCACCUCAACGCUACGACGGCUGUGCAUCGGUCGGGCGGCUGGUGGGGCGAGUGGUCCAGGAGGCCGUCCAGCACACCACCGUGAGCAUACCUAAAGAACCACACAGAGAGCAGAUACUCAUUCGGAUGGAUGUACUGUCGGUGUGUCCUGCGUACCGGUCCACGGGAACCCAAGGAGUUUGGCCCUCAUUGACCGGUGGAGGGCCCCACAUGAUCAU